CGUCAUUGUUUUUGCAUGAUUUUUGACUAAACCAAACCUAAUACCACCCCUUGAUUCGAUUCCACUUCCUCCACUUCGUCGCCUACGCGGUAUUGAUACCUCCAAAAGGGCCAAAAAGCCCUCAAACCCAUAGCAUGUUUUUCCCAAAAAAACCAUCCGGAGAAUUGAAAAGAGGCUGAAAGAGGGAAGUAAAUGAUGAGAUUGUGGAAAAAAAGCUGAAACCCAUAAACAAAAAAGGAGCUUUUUUGGAAUUGGUUGGAUAAUUGAGUAAAUUUCAACAAGUUUUAAGCAAUAAAAAUGUCGGAUUUUUAUAGUAAAGAGAGGGAAAAAAAGUACUACUAAAGCUGAACCAACACAGAGAGAGAGAAAAGAAAGAACUUUGGAUUCAAGACGAUCAGAGUUCGGGAUUGUAGCAGCAAUGCACAGAGUCUGAUCAUUGCACUUGUCGUUGAUUCUCCGUCGUUUGAUCGUUUGACUAGAACAAUGGGAGCUCGUUGUUCUAAAUUCUCUAUUUGCUGGUUUCAGUCUCACCUUAAAGCUUCCGUCCUCGAAUCCUCCGAUCUCGAGAAUGGAGGCAAAGGUGAGAAGAACACAUGGCCGAGGUUCGGUGAGUUCAGCUUGGAGCAACUGAAAGCUGCCACGUGUGGGUUCUCUUCCGAAAACAUAGUGUCGGAACACGGUGAAAAAGCUCCUAACGUUGUGUUCAAAGGGAAGCUCGACAAUGACCGUUGGGUCGCCGUUAAACGGUUUAACAAGUUCGCCUGGCCCGAUUCUCGCCAAUUCCUUGAGGAAGCCAGAGCUGUUGGGAGUUUAAGGAGUGAGCGGUUGGCGAAUCUGAUUGGUUGUUGUUAUGAAGGCGAGGAGAGGCUGUUGGUGGCCGAGUUUAUGCCCAAUGAAACGCUGGCAAAGCAUCUUUUUCACUGGGAAAAUCAGCCGAUGAAAUGGGCUAUGAGGUUGAGGGUGGCAUUGUACCUGGCGCAAGCUUUGGAGUAUUGUAGCAGUAAAGGAAGAGCUUUGUACCAUGAUCUCAAUGCUUACAGGAUUUUGUUUGAUAAUGAUGGUAAUCCCAGGUUGUCUUGCUUUGGCCUCAUGAAGAACAGCAGAGAUGGCAAGAGUUAUAGCACCAACUUAGCUUUCACACCUCCAGAAUACCUGAGAACGGGUAGAGUGACUCCAGAAAGUGUUGUGUAUAGCUUUGGGACCUUGCUGCUAGAUCUCAUGAGUGGCAAACAUAUUCCUCCCAGCCAUGCACUUGACUUGAUUCGAAGCAAGAACUUUCUCAUGUUGAUGGAUUCUGCUUUGGAGGGCCAUUUCUCUAAUGAUGAUGGAACAGAGUUAGUGCGGUUAGCUUCUCGCUGUUUGCAGUAUGAAGCUCGUGAGAGGCCAAAUGCAAAGUCCCUUGUCACAUCUCUCUUGUCACUCCAGAAGGAAGCAGAGGUACCAUCAUAUGUUUUGAUGAGUAUUCCACAAGGAACUGCUUCUUCAAAACAGCCAUUGUCAUUGACACCUUUUGGGGAGGCUUGCCUGAGGUUGGAUCUGACUGCUAUACAUGAAAUAUUGGAGAAGAUGGGAUACAAAGACGAUGAGGGGAUCGCUAAUGAGCUUUCUUUUCAAAUGUGGACCAGCCAAAUGCAGGAAACCUUGAAUUCAAAGAAACAUGGAGAUACUGCUUUUCGGGCUAAGGAUUUUGCAAGUGCAGUUGAUUGCUACACACAGUUCAUUGAUGGCGGGACCAUGGUGUCACCAACCGUUUAUGCCAGACGCUGCUUGUCUUACUUGAUGAAUGAUAGGCCACAAGAGGCCCUUGGGGAUGCUAUGCAAGCGCAGGUGGUGUCCCCAGAGUGGCCCACAGCUUUGUAUCUACAAGCCGCUUGCCUGUUUAGCCUAGGGAUGGAGAGUGACGGCCAAGAAACGCUCAAAGACAGCACCAGCUUGGAAGCCAAAAGAAACAAAAACUAAUAAAAUUUGUAUAGGUUUUUUCCAAUUGUUUUAUUUUUUUUCUUUUCUCUCCCCCAUAGUUUUCUUUAGGCUCUUGUAUUUAUGAUUCUGGGCUUUUGCUGCUUUGCAGAAUUCUUCAAUAUUUAUUGUUGGUUUUGAUUA